AUGCCCGCUUUCCGUCCCUCCCCCGCUGCUCUACGAAGCUUGCGCCGAUGCUACUCUACUUCACCAGCUACACCUCCGACAUCGCCAUUCGCACCCCGACAUCUCCUCUCCAUAGCAGAUCUCACGCCUGCCGAGCUCACUACGCUCGUCCAAAAUGCACACCAACACAAGACUGCCAUCAAGCAGACAGGUGAGGUGCCGCAUUCGAUGCGCGGGGCAUUGGCGGGUAAGACAGUAGCAAUGACCUUCAGCAAGCGCAGUACGCGCACGAGGGUUUCGACAGAAGGCGCCAUCGCGGCAUUCGGAGGCUCUCCAAUGUUCUUGGGCAAGGACGACAUACAACUCGGUGUCAAUGAAUCUCUCUACGACACUUCGCUCGUCCUCUCCAGCAUGACCGCCGCAAUCGUUGCCCGCGUCGGCCCCCAUUCAGAUGUCGCCGACCUUGCAAAGCACUCGAGCGUCCCCGUCAUAAACGCCCUAUCCGACCUCUACCACCCCCUCCAAAUCAUCGCCGACCUACUCACCAUGGCCGAGAUAUACCCCUCCACAUCCUCUACUUCUCUCGGUCUCGAGGGGCUCAAGAUUGCAUGGAUAGGAGACGCCAACAAUGUCCUCUUCGAUUUGGCUAUUGGCGCGACAAAACUAGGCAUAGACAUCGCCGUCGCAACCCCUCCUGGCUAUGAGAUUCCCAAAGCAAUGCGCGAAGUAAUCUCCCACGCAGCCCAAACCUCUCCCCACCCCGGCAAGCUCUUUGAAACCAACACGCCUGAAGAAGCCAUCAAGAACGCCGAUAUUCUCGUGACAGAUACUUGGGUGUCCAUGGGCCAGGAAGAGGAGACCGCGAAGCGUCUCAAGGCCUUCUCGGGCUUCCAGAUCACCUCUGAGCUGGCGAAACGUGGUGGUGCCAAGGACAACUGGAGCUUCAUGCAUUGCUUGCCCAGGCAUCCCGAGGAGGUUGCUGACGAGGUCUUCUACGGGCCAAGGAGUGUCGUGUUCAGGGAGGCAGAGAAUAGGUUAUGGGCUGCCAUUUCUGCGCUGGAAGCCUUCGUAGUGAACAAGGGCAACAUUCAGUGA